AUGUGGAGUAAACCAGUUUCCUCCACUGUUCCUGCAACUCGCCAGAAAGAGAAAUGUGAAAAAGCUGUCCCCAAAGUCCUGGGUGCCGAGGCGUACAUAAAGCAUCCACUGCAGAAUAGAUGGGCCCUUUGGUUUUUCAAGAAUGACAAAAGUAAGACGUGGCAGGCCAACCUCCGGCUCAUCUCCAAGUUCCACACUGUAGAGGACUUCUGGGCACUGUACAACCACAUUCAGCUGUCCAGUAACCUCGUGUCCGGCUGCGACUACUCCCUGUUUAAGGAUGGUAUUGAACCCAUGUGGGAGGACGAGAGGAACCGCAGAGGAGGCCGCUGGCUCAUCACUCUGUCCAAGCAGCAGCGAAAGGCGGACCUGGACCGCUUCUGGCUCGAGACGCUGCUGUGUCUGGUGGGAGAAGCGUUUGACGACUACAGCGACGACGUCUGCGGAGCAGUCAUCAACGUCCGCGCCAAAGGAGACAAGAUCGCCAUCUGGACUACGGACUACGAGAAUCGAGAGGCCGUCACUCACAUCGGGCGCAUGUACAAAGAGAGAUUGGGAGUCCCCCCUAAAGUGAUCAUCGGGUACCAGUCCCACGCCGACACGGCCACGAAGAGCAGCUCCAGCUCCAGCAACAAAUCCUUUUGGGGAGAACGCGUCUCUGGCCACGUCUGCACCUCUGCUCUCUCUGUGCACUGCUACAUUUUGGGGAUAAUGGAGCCUCUCAGUCCUGGUGCAGAUCUCGGCCCUGAUCUGAGCUCUCUGUGUCGCUCUGAGGAAGAAUCUGAAAGGAAGACGAUGAACAAACCUGGAUCUAAAACCAAAACAAAAUCUAGACCGGCUUCUAUUCCCAGCUGUGAGUCUCUGAAGAGCAACGAGCCCAAAGAGGCGAUAAUCGACUCUAAAAGGAGGAAACUGGACAAAUCUGGAUCUCAAACCAGACCUGGUCCCAGCUGCGAGUCUCUGAAGAGCGACAGGUCCAAACAUCCAAUACUCUACUUUAAAAGGAGGACAAUGGUCAAACCUGGAUCUGAAACCAAAAGAAAGUCCAGUUCUGGACCUGAUCCUGGUCCCAGCUGUGAGUCUCUGAAGAGCGACAGGUCCAAAGAUGUGAUAUUCGACUUUAAAAGGGACUCGAACCCUCACCCUGCUCUGAGCUGUGGCUCCAGCCUCAGUGACAGCUCUAAAGACUGGCUCGUAGAGUUUAAGAACAGUCCACCUGAGAACAUGGGGUAA